GAAGGCGCACACCGGAAGUGACUUGUGGAAUGGACACGGCUCGUCGGCUAGCUAGCAGCAUGAGUGGAAUCAUGUUGUUUUUAUCGGGGGCAGCGGGUCUCCGCUCCUGGACAUGUCCUUUUCUCCUUCUGCUGACAUUUUGGUCGUCGCUGCCAGCCUCGGCCAAGCCCGACAGCCUCAAGGAAGUGACGGACGGGGACUGGGAGAAGAUAAUGACCGGAGAGUGGAUGAUUGAGUUCUACGCACCCUGGUGUCCUGCAUGCCAGCAGCUGCAGUCGGUGUGGAAAGAGUUCGCGGACUGGGGGGAUGACAUGGGCAUCAACGUCGCCAAGGUGGAUGUGACAGAGCAGCCUGGUCUGAGUGGGCGAUUCAUCAUAACUUCACUUCCUACAAUAUACCACUGCAAGGACGGCGUUUUCCGCAAGUACCACGGCGCUCGUACCAAAGAAGACUUCCUCAGCUUUGUCGACGAACAGAAAUGGAAAAACACGGAGCCCGUUUCUUCGUGGUUCGGGCCGUCCUCGUUCUUGAUGAACUCGAUGUCGGCUUUGUUCAAGCUCUCCAUGUUCAUCCGACGUUGCCAUAACUACAUGACGGAGCAGCUGGGGAUUCCUGUUUGGGGUUCAUAUGUCAUCUUUGGCCUGGUCACCUUGUUUGCUGGCCUGACGUUGGGUCUGUUGCUAGUGUUUAUCGCAGAUUACGUCUUUCCUUCGCGACGAUUUUCCUCACCCGAUUACUACCAGAAGAAACAGUCAACGGAGCAGUCCCGACUGAUCCAGAAUCGGGACGAGGACCAGGAGGCUGACGGUGAGGAGGACGACGAGGAGGAGGAGGAAGAAGACCAGGACGGGGCCUGGAGUAGGCAAAGGGAGUCUCCCGAGGGUCAGGGCUACCCCGACGAAGCCCUGAGGAAGAGAGCGGUGGCCAGCCGUGAGGAAGACGAGGAGGAAAGCUAGAGAGCCGGCGCCGGGAUUCCCUUUCUUCGUUCGAUAAGAGCACAGUGGAGUCAGCCGGAGAUGUAGUAGCUGUGGUCCUGAGCGGCAGUAUUAAGAAGAAGGGGUCCAAAAUCUUCCCACCCCUAACCCAAGAAGCACCCCACUGUACUCCCCUCCCUCCUCUGUUAAAAGCAGGAGACUUCUACCUCGGCUCUCUCCACCUGAGCAGCGGCUCCAACUGGAACAACAAAAACUUUCCUCACACGUGUUUUUACGUGCGGCGUAGGUAUGGAGUGCAGUACAGACGAAUUUUGAUUCGCUGUUUAUGCUAUGCAUUGUUUUUCAAAAAUAGUUUGUUUUUUCUUCUUCUUUGAAUUCUAACAAGCUUUGGUCUGUAAAUUUUACUCCACAAAUGGGUUGUUUUUUUCUGCACACACACCAUUCGGCAUUCUCCUCGUAGGCUAGUUUUAAUCCUUAAAACGUCGAAUCUAUUUAGCUUCAUCAUAUUGACAUAAAAAUGCUGAUGUUUAAAAUGGGAACAGCUUCACAGUUCAGUUCAAAUUAAACCUCUGGAUGAUUAAUGUGGAUCUGAACUUUGGUGUGUGGCGAACUUCUUAAAGUAAACUAGAUUUGACUUGAUAUGAAUGCAGCAACGACCAAAGACGUUCAAAUCUACAGUUUGAAGUCUGAGCAACUCUGAACAUCUGUGGCUGCAACUUCCUUCCCAGUUUACGAYGUAAUGCUUUACUGAUUAAAGUUUCGCUUACCAUGUUCCGGUAAAGACAGAAUCGAGUAAAAUAAAAAAGAAAAUAAAAAAACCAUGAAAGCAGCACUUGUACAACUUAAAAUGAACCACGUGCAAUAAAAUGAAUUAAGCCAUGGGUUUAAAAAAAAAAAAAAACACACAGGAAGUUAUGAGGCAGGAACUCCUUUAAUGUACGAUGCUCGGUUGUGACGCAAGUUUGAGCUGCAAUGUAUAUAUUUUACUGAAAUCUUCACCAUAAGCACAUUCAGACUUUAUUUGAGGGGAGGCGGGGGAGGCUGGGAGAAAAAAAAAAUUUAUUCACUCCAAACGUAGUGCAUGGUGUGUGUUCGCACUGCUUGAACAUGGAUUAUGUUGCGGUCAUUUUCUGUUCAAAUGUAUUCUGUUUUUUUGUUGUUGUUUUUUUUGCUGUUGUUAUGAAUGUUUACCUUUAGGAACCUCCUAAAUGUGCUGCUGACCUGCAGCUGAGGCAGCAGCAGACUGUAUGCAUGCUGACAGGCAAUAAAAAGGACAAAGUGAGCGGGAUGCCACGGGGGUUAGGUUAGGUUUGGUUUGGUUUGGUUUGCAGUGCUGUACACAGCGGAGAGACUUUGUCUACUUUAGUUGUUUUUUUUUAAACCUUUUUCCAAAAUUUCAAGCAUCUGAUUCAAAGCUACAAAAAUCACUCGUUGCUAGAAAAAGUUGUGUCCCUCGUUUCACCUGCAUUUUCACACACUUCUCAUUGUUUUUCUAGGGCUUGUGAUGAACUUCACGGACUAUUGACACACUUAAAUAUUUUUUAUAAUCUCCUUAAAAACGGAUGCGUUCAUUUAGAAAUCCCUCAAUUUGUUUUUUGUUUGUUUCCUGAUCGCUAUUUAUGGCUUGUAGCAUUUUCACUCUACUCCGGGCAGCUUCUGCUCUUCAUUUCUUUGAAUAAAAGUUUAACAAUAAUAACUUUU